AUGGAACUAGUAGUUCUAGUGAGAGACAUAGGGAAGGAAGAGAAAUAAGCAGACACGAACAUUGGCAGCCACUAGGAAUUUAAAUCGCCUUGGUAGCAGGAGGCUGGAAGAAAGGACAGAAGUAGCUCUGGCCAUAAUGGAGGUUUUACUGGACCUGAUGCUCUUGAGCCACCUGACGGUGAUCGCCUGUGGCCAUCCCAUCUUGGAAGCACCAGAGAAUAUGACAGGACCUUGGAAAGGAGAUGUGAAUAUUCCUUGUACCUAUCAUCCCCAGAAGGGCUAUACCCAAGUCAUGGUGAGAUGGGUGGUACGACGUGACUCGGACCCAGUCACCAUCUUCCAACGUGACUCCUCAGGAGACCAUAUCCAGCAAGCAAAAUACCGAGGCCGCCUGCAUGUGAGCCAGGAGGUUCCAGGGGUUGUAUCUCUCCAACUGAAUAGUUUGGCGAUGGAUGACAGGAGCCACUAUACCUGUGAAGUUACCUGGCAGGCCCCUGAUGGCAACCAAGUGAUAAGAGAUAAGAUCAUUGAUCUCCGCAUCCAGAAACUCCCUGUCUCCAAACCUACAGUGACAACAGGCAGCGGUUAUGGCUUCACUGUGCCCCAAGGAAUGAGGAUUAGCCUUCAAUGCCAGGCUUGGGGUUCUCCCCCCAUCAUCUAUGUCUGGUACAAGGAACAAGAUAAUAACCAGGAACCCAUCAAAGUGGCAGAUUUGAGUACUUUACUCUUCCAGUCUGCAGUGGUGGCUGACUCAGGCUCCUAUUUUUGUACUGCCAAGGGCCGUGUUGGCUCUGAGCAACGCAGCAACAUUGUGAAGUUUGUGGUCAAAGAUUCCUUAGAUCCAUUUGAAAUCACGAAUGAUACACCUACAACCAUAAAAUCUCCAAUGAAAGCAACAUCUACAUUAAAUCCAUCCUGGAACCAGACUGCUAAAAUAAAUGUCUACUUUGGGGAGACCACUGCUGGGCCAAAGAAAGGAAGGGGCUUGCCUAUGUUUGCCAUCAUCCUCAUCACUUCCUUGUGCUGUAUGGUUGUCAUCACCAUGGCUUUUAUCAUACACUGCCGGAAGACAUCUCAACAGAAACAUGACUAUGAAGUUAACAGUAGGCUCUUGGGCCAUUGGGUGCAUGCUGGAGAAGGCAGUAACUCCGGAGAAACCAUGAGAGUGACCAUCUUCACAACUGGCUGCUCCAGCGACAAUCAAGUUUCCCUAGCUGUGGGCAAUGACUACUCUGAUGAAUCCUGAAUGGACUGGAAAUAUGAGAUCAUCACCUAGAUCAACAUUAACUAUUCCUGUUUGUUGCAAACAAUACUCUCAAAUAAUAAUCUUCUGGCCACUGAGAGCAAGAGUAUCUGUUAAAAUGUUUCACUAGGUCAAGUUGUGCUGACAUAAUUACCUAGUCAGUUCCUGCCUUUGGUAUGGCCUCUUUUCUUGCUAAUUCUCUUCCUGAAUAGCCCAAAGUGUCUCUUCUGCCAAUAUUGGAGUCCCUGGAAGUGGCUGCCUUUGCCUAAGAAUUUUCCAUAUUCACCUCAAGCAAGCCAGCUGUGGGAUUUUGUCCUAAACCCUUCUAGUAUCUCCACCUGGGAUUUUUACUGUUCUUUUUCAAACACCAGAGAAAUGUCCACAGAAGUAGGGCUUGGUCAUCAUACUUCUAUACACCACCAGAAGAGUAGAGGAAGCUAAACUCUGCCACUUCAAGAGACCAACUAUGCGCAGGAUCAUCUCUUUCUCCAGGGGCAACCACUUUUGAGAUGUCAUAUCUCAAGCCAUAAUUUUGUUCUGCUCUGUAUUGUGAAUCAAUUGCUCUAGUACUCUUUCAGUGCUCAAUAAACUUCUCAUCAUGA